AUGCAGGGCUAUGGCAGUUUUGCCCGCUUCGGGCCGACGAGCAUGUGCAGAGGAUGUUCACACUCGAGCUAUUACCACUCAUGGAAAGGCAUGUGGGCUCAUCAGGCAUUUGCUGUCAACCCAAUUACUGGCAAAGUACUCAUGUACAGAGAAGGAAGACUCAUCUACACGUGCAGCAAUGUCUUUCCUGCCGACGACAUGGACGAUUUUUUCGUCGUUACAGCAGCGAGAGCGGCCAAUGGUGAUGUCUAUAACGUCAAAAUCUUCAAGGAUGAGUUCAAAUCUCAGGAGGAGAUCAUUGCUGAGAUGCGCUAUGCGCCUCAUCCAGACCGUGCAGUCGAGUUCUUGUCAUACGACAAGAAAGAGCUCCAGGACUUCGGGCAGAGGGGAACCAGUGGCCUCUAUCUCGUCUCCGUCACGGCCAUGGCAUGGGUGCACGUCAAGUCGAAGUUGUCGGGAGAGCAUCCAAUCUUCACCUGGAACGAGGAGUCGCGCACUACUGAAUCAAAGAGUGCGGUUGGUGGCGGCCUACAACCAGGUCAAGGUCACGGCAUCUACCUCAACAUGGGGAAGGGUCGUUGUGAGGGUGGCGAUUUGGAUGCCCCAGAAGGGUCGUGGGUUCAUGUGGCCUUUGCCUUCGAUGAUUGGGAGAUGCUCAUUUGCAUCGAGAAGAUUUUUUGUUUGGGUGGGAAAGUUGCGUCGCAGUCUGGGCCAAGGAAGACAGCAUACCUGUUCAAGGAUGGCAAGCUGGUCAAGACAUGCACCGACUACGAAAAUUCGAUUCGAAGCCACCUUCACCUCAUGAGCUCCGCUGCGCGUGCGGGCGGUGACAUGUACGAUUUCAAGCUGUACAGAACACCGAUCAUUGAGGCCAUCCGCUUCCUGGAGCAGUCCCAUGUGACCAGAGACAUGUUGGACUACUUCACCUCAGAGGAGGGCCAGCAAGUGCUCCAAGCCUACCGCGAGAAGCGUGCCGAACCAGCGCAGGUCGAAGCCUCUGAGGCUGCGCCAGGUCGUGGCCUCUGUGGCAGGCAGAAGAUCUCCGCCGCUGUGCGCAGCAACGAGGGCCACUACUUUGCCAAAGCGCCGAAGCCAGAAGCCCCGCGGCCUCCGAAGGGGAAGGUGAGCCAAAAGGAGAGCGAAGCGCGGCCCGACAAAAAGGAGGCCCCGGCCCCGGCGGAGAAGAUGGAAGUCCUUGGCUGUGUGAAGUCUUUCAGCGAGGACCGAGGCUACGGUUUCCUUGCCUCAGAGGCCGCACCGGGGGACAUCUACUUCCGUGCCGGCGAUGUACCCUCAGACGACGCAGCCCAAGUGGGCCGGUAUUGCUCCUUCACUCUUCACUUCAAGGACGGUCAUCCCCAGGCACGGUCCCUUUGCUGGCUGACGGAGGAGGUGCCCCUGACCUCCCGUGCCGAGGGCUUCGUGAAGAGUCUUGGGGCGAACUACGGCUUCAUCACCUCCAAGGCGAUCGGAGUGCAUGAUAUUUACGUGGAGUCUGGGCUGCACGUGGGCGGGAGGUGUAGGGUGUAG